CGGCCGCGCAUGUGCAGAGCGUUACUUCCCAGCUCCUACAGUCGCUGUGGACGGACCGUCCUCUCAGUUCUCUAGCAGCAGCUGCAGCAGCAGCAGCCGGAGCAGCUGCUCAGUCCGUAAGACAGCCACUCAGUCGGCGGAGAACGCAGCAGAAAUGUCUGAAAGCGGGAGUCAGGAAGCCGCCGGGGCCUCGGACGACAGCGGCAGCGCGACGAAACGGACACUACCGAGACCGCCCGUUGGCAACAGAGUGACCGUGGUGCUCGGGGCUCAGUGGGGCGACGAGGGGAAAGGGAAAGUUGUGGAUCUCCUGGCGCAAGACGCGGACAUGGUGUGCAGAUGUCAGGGCGGCAACAACGCCGGACACACGGUGGUGGUGGACUCUGUGGAGUACGACUUUCACCUCCUACCCAGCGGCAUCAUCAACCCCAAAGUCACCGCCUUUAUUGGAAAUGGUGUUGUGAUCCAUCUUCCAGGCCUGUUUGAAGAGGCUGGAAAAAACCAACGCAAAGGAAAAAGCCUGAAAGACUGGGAGAAAAGGCUGAUUAUCUCAGACAGAGCACAUAUAGUGUUUGACUUCCACCAAGCGGUCGAUGGUGUUCAGGAGCAGCAGAGGCAAGAGCAAGCAGGCAAGAACCUCGGGACGACAAAGAAGGGGAUUGGUCCGGUGUACUCGGCCAAGGCGGCACGCAGUGGUCUCAGGAUAUGUGAUUUACUGGCCGACUUUACUCAGUUCUCUGAAAGGUACAAAGUGCUGGCUCAGCAGUACAAAGCCAUGUAUCCGACACUGGAGAUUGAUAUAGAAGGAGAGCUGGUUAAAUUAAAGGACUACGUGGAGCAGCUUAAGCCGAUGGUGAGGGACGGAGUGCACUUCAUGUACGAGGCUCUUCAUGGUCCUCCCAUGAAGAUCCUGGUGGAAGGAGCCAACGCAGCACUUCUUGACAUAGACUUUGGCACCUAUCCGUUUGUGACGUCGUCCAACUGCACCGUGGGCGGGGUGUGCACCGGCCUCGGCAUGCCUCCUCAGAACGUCGGGGAGGUUUACGGGGUCGUUAAGGCGUACACCACCAGAGUGGGCAUCGGUGCCUUCCCCUCAGAGCAGAACAAUAAGAUUGGAGAGCUCCUUCAGACCCGAGGGAAGGAGGUUGGCGUGACAACCGGCAGGAAACGGCGUUGUGGCUGGCUGGAUCUGGUGCUGAUCAAAUAUGCACAUAUGAUAAAUGGCUUCACUGCUUUAGCACUUACAAAACUGGACAUACUUGAUGUAUUUCCAGAGAUCAGAGUGGGCUUAGCGUACAAAGUCGAUGAUGAAAUUAUACCUCACUUUCCAGCCAAUCAGGAGGUGCUGCAGCGCGUUGAGGUUCAGUACGAGACGCUGCCCGGCUGGAAUAGCGACACUUCAGCAGCUAGAAGCUUUGAGGAGCUGCCUGAGAACGCCCAGAAGUAUGUGCGCUUCAUUGAGGAGCAUGUGGGAGUACCUGUCAAAUGGAUUGGAGUUGGAAAGUCUCGGGAAUCCAUGAUCAAGCUGUUUUAGAUGAUGGAAGACAACGCACUGCAGCGAACCAACCGUAACCUUCUUCCUUCAUCUCUCCCAUUACACACAGCCUACCUACCUGUCUCAAAGACGCGACCACUUCUGUUCUUACUGUUUUAUCUCCGCUCCAUCGGACUGGGCCGUGCCACUGACUGUCGAUCGAACUUCCAUCAGACUGAGCACUGUGUUUGAAAGAUUUCAAAUCAUUUUAAAAUGAAAGUAAAACACUGUCCUUGUCUCUUGUGGGGCUGUAGUUGUUUAUUUUAAAGUAACUCCAUCUGUGUCAGGUCUGCGACGACACCAGCGAACGCUCUGAUGCAGACACAAGAACUGCUCAAAUCGAUACUAGUGUUUUAUUCUUUCUUGAUUUCAUGCUGUGAUUUUAAAAGCGCUGUGACAGUUCAAUGUCAAUCAGUUUUAACCUCAGCACUUUAGAUGCUUUGGACUGCUUUACUUUUUUUUUUUUCUUCUGUCAGAUUUGCACAACAUGCGGAUGUGAUAAAGGGAUCGCUUAAACCUAAAAAAGCAAUCCUCUUGUGUUUUUCUUGUCUCACUGAGGUUUGCACAUGUAUUGCCUUGUCAUUCAGCCAAAAGGCCGAGCUCAUAAAUGUCCCGUAGUCAGUGAAAGCUUCCGCUGACGACUGAUCCUAAGAAAAUUCAAACGUCUGUUCAUACUGUGGGAAUCUGCCACGAAAUGGUACAGAAAAUCCAAAAUAAGUAACCCUUUUUGCAACUGAGAAUGGGAUUAAACUGCUGGGGGUCUUUUGCUCAUAUUCAUGUGAUAAAAUCUUAUUCCUUUGAUUUAUUUGCACUUUCACUACAAGGCUCUAUUAAUGUGUGAGAAAAGUACUGGUAACUUAUGAACUGAUAAAAUUAAUAUUUCAGAUA